AACCUAUAUCGGAGCUGACUUGCUAUCAAAAUGACGUCCCAAUAUACUGAUUCGAUGUUGCAAAGCUACGCCCAGCAGUCCCCGCCACCAGAGCCCACUCAGAUGAGCUGGUCGUCGACACAGUUGCCAGUAUCGUCGUCGUCGCCCGCCAGUACCAAGCGGGCUCGAAAUCUCAUGUGGACGCAGGAAAUGGAGAGAGUAUUGUUAACGUCACUAUUGGAGGCUGGAGAAGAGCAAGGACAGAAGGAAUACAGGAGCUGGAAAAAAACAGCGUUGGAGAAGGCCAAACGGGAUGUACAGUCGGUCGCGGGCUGGUCAGUGGUGACUCCACAAGCUAUUAAAAACAAAAUUGAUAACUGGAAAAAAAACUGGAAGAUCUGGAAGCAUCUCACCUUACAGUCUGGGUUUGGUGUAGACGAGUAUGGCAUGGUGACUGGUGAUCAACACGCACUAGAGGCGUAUUUCACAGCUCAUCCAGAAGCUCGAAGGUUUAAGUUAAAACCGCUCCAAUUUGCGAAGGAGCUGGGCCAAUUAUUCAGUGUACUCACGACAGGGGGCAAUGCUGUGACGGUGGAUGAUCUGAUUAACCAGACCACUGAUGAUACUUCACCGUCACCAAGCUCUAGUAGUGAGGUGUCGUCCGUGGUGGGUAGUAAAAGAUCUGCACCAGCAUCAGUCACGAGCUCAUCAAAACGGCGGCGAAUGGUAGUUGAUCAGCUUGGUAGACUUACUACUCAGUUAUCAAAUUUGGUGGCGGCGAUGCAACAAGAUUACCAGCGUGACGCUAUACAGAUCGUGGAGUUGGAGUACCAGCACCUGCCAUAUAAGUUAAAAAUGGCUUUAAUUUAUGCGUUUGAGAACGAGUAUACCGCGAAGGUUUUCUGCCUGGUAGGACCAGCAAUGCGCCCUAGCUGGGUGCGGCAGUUACUGCUCGAUCGCAGGGAAAUAAUCAUCGGUUCAGGUGUAGACUUGGAACAAUUUAAUGCAGCGAUAGAUAGUUUUGAGUAGGUGGUGGAGUAGCGGUUUGGAGGAGCAAUUUGAGUAUUUUGUGGUGGAGGCUGGAGGGUUUGUGGGAGGCUGUAGAUAACUCAAAAUCUGAUAUAUGGACUUUUACUGC